AUGGUUGAAAUAUAAAACUGCUUCCUUUCUGAAAACAAUUACAAAAUGACCAAUCUUAUAAAAAAUAAAAUAUUAGAGAAUGAUAGGUAUUGAAAAAAAUUGAUUAAUAUUAGAGAAACAAUCCAUUAGACAGUUUAGGCUGUCUGUGAAAUUUUAACUAACGCAAUCUCAUAACCCAUACAAAAAGUAUUGUCGAUAAGAGUAAAAUAAACCAGAGUAUUCAGUUAGUCAAAGAAAUGAUGGAUUACCAUAUUUAGUUAGUAAUUACUAAAGUUUCUAUUCACAUCAUUCCAAUCUUCCAAUAAAUAUUAUAGGAAUAUUUAGAAAAGGGAAUUAAUUCAAAAAAAUACUUCUCCAAUCAACCAGGUAGGAAUAAAAUUCAUAUUUAUAGAUGAACAACUUAUGGUUCUUGGGAAAACGUUCAUAAGGUUGAUAUGUGAAUGUAUAUUUGUUUGGAAUAUAUGGCACCCAAUUUUAGAAGGUCAAUAAUCAUCAUUUUAAAGAAUGUAUUAAUUAAUUAAUUAAAAGAUAUAAUCAAUUAAUUGCAUAGGGGUUUGAAUUUCCUAGACUAUUUUACUUUGAUUUAUAGAAAGUUAAAGAAUUUUAUAAAUAAUCUAAAGAUAAUCUUUUGACUUAGGCUUCUCCUUAAGAGAAAAGUGAAAAUGAUCCAUCUGACUUUUAUUGUAUAAAAUAAAAAUUAGAUAAAAAUCAUUUUGUUAUAGGAGAUUUACAGAUUAUUAGAAACUCAGUACUUUGUAAGUUAUUUAAAAUUAAUAUUAAGCACUUCAAAAUUGCAAUCUCAAUUUAAAUUAAUAGAAGUUUUUAAAGAAUUUUGAGACGGCCUAUCAAGAAUAUGAAAAAACCAAAAGAUAUGAUGAAUUCAUAAUUACAAUUCAAUCAAUGUAACUUCAAUAUCAAUUAAAGAUGUUUAGAAUUUGAUGAUGAUACAGAAGAUAAAUCAGCAAUCUUUGAUACUUUUUAAGUGAGAUGUCAAUCUAAUUUUACUGGUUUUUGUCCUUCGAAACACAAAGUUGGAGGUUAUUCUACUGAUAAAAUUAGUUAAUUCCAUUCUAACAAUACUUUAAUAGUAUAAUUGAUAUCUUAAUUUAGUCUAAAAACUCCUCUCCCAAUUAAAAAUAAUAAUAAUUAGAAUGUUUAAAUGAGAAAAACAGAAGAAUAGAAUAAUUAUUAAUUGAAAAUUCUAUUUUUGCUAAGCAGAUAUAAUUCUUUCAAGAUUAAAUCAAUAAUCUCAAAUAAAAUCUUGAACAAAUUAAUGGGUGA